AUGGCGAGCAAGGCAAAGUCCCGCUGGACAGACGAUGAAACGGAUGCGGUCCUCGAGGCGCAGCUGAAGAAGGAAAAGGAAGAGAAGAAGCGUCUCAAGGCCGAAAAGGCACGCAGGCUUGAAGAGGAAAGGCAGGCUCGGGAAGCCGCCGCCGCCGCCGCAGCGCAACAAGAGGGUGACGGCACUCAGGGACCCCCGGCGAAACGACGAAAGGUAUCUCAAGAGCCCGACGCGAGACAACCCGCAGGGACGUCCGACACAAGCGUCAAUGCCCCGAGAUUACUACGCUUUGAAGGUGGCGCGUUCGGCACCUGCCGCAGCGUCGAGAACUACGACAAGCUUAACGACAUCGAGGAGGGCGCAUACGGCUGGGUAUCACGGGCAAAGGAGAUUGCGACCGGCAGGGUGGUGGCGCUCAAGCGGCUCAAGAUAGAUCCCAAGGACCGCGGGGGGUUGCCAGUCACAGGACUGCGGGAGAUCCAGAUCCUAAAGGACUGCGACCACAGGAAUGUGGUCAAGCUACGGGAGGUGGUCGUCGGUGACGACACGAGCAAGAUUGAAAACAUCUUCCUCGUCCUCGAGUUCGUCGAACACGACCUGAAGUCCAUCCUCGAAGACAUGCCCGAGCCCUUCCUCGCGUCCGAAGUGAAGACUCUCCUCCAACAGCUCGCGUCAGGUGUCGCCUAUCUACACGACAACUGGAUCCUUCACCGCGACCUUAAGACCUCCAACCUCCUACUCAACAACCGCGGCCAGCUGAAAAUCGCCGACUUCGGCAUGGCCCGCUACGUCGGCGACCCCCCUCCAAAACUGACCCAACUCGUGGUCACCCUCUGGUAUCGCGCGCCCGAACUGCUGCUCGGCGCGACCCGGUACAGCGCGGCCAUCGACAUGUGGAGCAUCGGCUGCAUCUUCGGCGAGCUGCUCACCCGCGAGCCGCUGCUGCAGGGGCGCAACGAAGUCGACGAGCUCACCAAGAUCUUCGAGCUCUGCGGCAUCCCGACCGAGGAGACCUGGCCGUCCUUCCGCCGCCUCCCCAACGCGCGCGGGCUGCGCCUGCCCAGCAACAGCAACAAGAGCGCCAUGACGGGCUCCGUGAUACGGGCCAAGUUCCCACUGCUCACUUCGGCCGGCGUGGCGCUGCUGAAUGGCUUGCUGUCACUCGAUCCGGACAAGAGGCCGACUGCGAAGGAGAUGCUCGCGCACGAGUACUUCAAGCAGGAUCCCAAACCGAAGCAAGAGGCGAUGUUCCCUACUUUUCCGAGCAAGGCGGGCCAGGAGAGGAGGAGGCGGCGCGAGACGCCGAACGCGCCUGCCAGGGGCCAAGAGGCUGUGGAGAUCGGUGCGGUGGACUUUAGUGGGAUAUUCUCGGGGAGGGAGAGAGAGGAGAGGGGAGGGGGGUUCUCGCUGCGCAUGGUAUAG